AUGAGCGUGGGCUUCAUCGGGGCCGGCCAGCUGGCCUUCGCCUUGGCCAAGGGCUUCACCGCGGCAGGCGUCCUGGCCGCCCACAAGAUCAUGGCCAGCUCCCCGGACAUGGACCUGGCCACGGUGUCUGCCCUCAGGAAACUGGGGGUGAGCCUGACGCCCCACAACACGGAGACGGCGCGACACAGCGAUGUGCUCUUCCUGGCGGUGAAGCCGCUCAUCGUCCCCUUCAUCCUGGACGAGCUGGGCCCCCACCUGGCGAGCCGGCACCUCGUGGUGUCCUGCGCGGCCGGCGUCACCAUCGGCAGCAUCGAGAAGAAGCUGCGGGCCUUCCAGCCGGCCCCCAGGGUGAUCCGCUGCAUGACCAACACGCCGGUGGUGGUGCGGGAGGGCGCCACGGUGUACGCCACGGGCACCCACGCCCACGUGGAGGACGGCCGGCUGCUGGAGCAGCUGCUGGGCAGCGUGGGCUUCUGCGCCGAGGUGGAGGAGGACCUGAUCGACGCCGUCACCGGGCUCAGCGGCAGCGGGCCCGCCUACGCAUUCACGGCCCUGGACGCCCUGUCCGACGGGGGCGUGAAGAUGGGGCUUCCCCGGCGCCUGGCCGUCCGCCUCGGGGCCCAGGCCCUGCUGGGUGCUGCCAAGAUGCUGCUGGACUCGGAGCAGCACCCCGGGCAGCUCAAGGACAAUGUCUGCUCCCCGGGCGGCGCCACCAUCCACGCCCUGCACGUGCUGGAGAGCGGGGGCUUCCGCUCGCUGCUCAUCCAGGCCGUGGAGGCCUCCUGCAUCCGCACCCGGGAGCUGCAGUCCAUGGCCGACCAGGAGAAGGUCUCGCCCGCUGCCAUUAAGAAGACCGUCCUGGACAAGGUGAAGCUGGACUCCCCUCCGGAGGCCGCACCGGCCCCUUCCGGCCACUCCACGCUGCUCCCCCGCAGUGUGGCCCCCGGGGGCAAGAAGGACUGA